UGAAGAGGAGGAACACACACUCCGCUCCUCUGCGCUGCCGAACGCCUCCUUCACAACACGGGACGAAAACAAGCACCGGGCUGGCUGUUUUUUGGAGGGUGAGAAGAAGGAAAAUAACCCCAUUCGAAGGAUAUUAAAUCACUUGAACUGCCUCUUUGGUCGGGAGUUCCUUGGUUGUUGUUUUUUUUAACUCGAGUGCUGUCUUGGCUGCACCUCGGCCCCCUAGCUUCCCGCGUCUUGUUCUCAAUGGUAAACAGUCAGCGUCACGUCCAUGGAUCCUUCAGCUGGGAUGUAGCGGAGGACAAACCCACCUAAAGCCGCUUUAAAUACUCGUCAUUCAGCAGGAAUAUAGUGACAUUAAACGAAGGUAAAUCUUUUCUUUUUUUUUUUUAUAAAGGCUGCUGUUGGUUUAUGGAAAGUGAAAACCUUCUCUGAAAGUCUUUAGACCUUUUUUUUUUUUAACAUUGAUGGUGGGUUGCUUUAUGAUGGCCCCCGUCUGGAGGUCAUAGCUGACCCUUUUUUUUAUUAUUUCCCGCCACAUCACUGCCCCUCACCCCAAUGAUGACUAUGAGCUCUAUAUCGGACACUUUAGUCCCGCCUGACCCGUCCAAAUCGGCGUUUUUGGAGUUCGGCGGCCACGGCUACACCGGACACCAGCAGCACUCCCCCGGCCUGUCCCACAACCAUUACUCGGUCCACGGUCUGCACGCCGUCGGUUCCUCGCAGCACGACGGGCCCUUCUCCUCUGGUGCAUCGUCGUACGGUCGCCCGCUGGGAUACCCGGCCUAUCACAGCCCCGUGACCGCGCACCACCCUGGGGCCUACCUGCCCUAUCAGCACGGUGGUCACGGCGGCGCGCUUGGACACACCAGACUGGAAGAUGCGGAUCACGAGAAGCCCACGACGGUGAUAGAGAACGGGGAGGUGAGGCUGAACGGGAAGGGGAAGAAGAUCCGGAAGCCUCGGACCAUUUACUCCAGCCUGCAGCUCCAGGCCCUCAACCAGCGCUUCCAGCAGACCCAGUACCUCGCCCUGCCCGAGAGGGCCGACCUGGCGGCCAAACUGGGCCUGACACAGACCCAGGUGAAAAUAUGGUUCCAAAACAAACGAUCCAAAUUCAAGAAGAUCAUGAAGAAUGGGCCCUGUGGACCUGAGGGAGACCACCUGGCCCCCCCGCCGCCGUCCUCCGCCUCUCCCUGCUCCCUGUGGGACAUCAGCAUGGCGGCCAAAGGCGCGCCGGUGCACUCGGGUGGAUACAUGAACAAUUUUGCUCACUGGUACCCGGGACACCAGCAGGACUCCAUGCCCAGGACUCAGAUGAUGUGACAUGUCAGGAGCACGACGCGACCGUUCCAGGACAAACGAUGGAUUUAUACUAAAAAAGGAGCUGACUGGCGCUUGUUAGGGACACGGACACCGUUACGAGCCUGAGACCACGCUGGAGGCAGAAACAAUAUUACUGGCAGAGAUCAAAUACAGGGAACAGAUAGUGUGCUUGUCCUUAAAUGUGGAAAGGCAAGGGGAACGAGAUAUAGCCAUGACUAUGUGUGAGGCUGUAGCAUUAACCCGAGUUAGUCGCAGCCCGAGAAUGGAGAAGGUUAAAUUACUCCUGAAUUCAACUUUUCAUUUUGUAUGAGGAAAACGUCUAUCAAAAGUAAACGCAGUCUUACUUUAAUACAGUACAUUCAAGUUAUUUCUGCCUGCAGAGGAGCUCGGCCUGCCAAGACUUUUUUUUUUGAUCUAGCUACAACUCAAAGCUAAUGCCAGUCCCUGCAUCUCUGAUUCUGGACAUU